CUUUUCGCUGACGCAACCUAACUCCCCAAAAAUUAAGAAACUUUUUUCCUCUCUCUCUUCUUCAUCUCUUUCGAAACUCUCUAUUUUCUCUCUCCUUGUCCGAACGAAUCAGAAACAAUUGAUGUCGACCUCGAUCUUCCUCCACUAGCAACUGAUCUAAUACCGUUUCUCUCUCUGUAAAGAGAGCUAUGGCGGCCGUUUCCUCAAACCCUCGCACCGUAGAAGAGAUCUUCAAGGAUUACAACUCUCGUCGCUCCGCUCUCCUUCGUGCUCUUACUAAAGAUGUUGAUGAUUUCUACUCUCAAUGCGAUCCGGAAAAGGAGAAUCUUUGUUUGUACGGACACCCGAACGAGUCGUGGGAAGUGAAUCUGCCGGCGGAGGAAGUUCCACCGGAGCUGCCUGAGCCUGCGCUCGGUAUCAAUUUCGCUAGGGACGGUAUGCAGAGGAAAGACUGGCUCUCUCUCGUUGCUGUUCAUAGUGAUUGUUGGUUGCUCUCUGUUUCUUUCUACUUUGGUGCUCGCCUUAAUCGCAACGACAGGAAGCGGCUGUUCAGUCUGAUCAACGAUCUCCCAACUCUCUUCGAUGUAGUGACUGGUAGGAAACCCAUCAAAGACAACAAGCCAAGCACCGAUUCCGGAAGUAAAUCCAGAAACGGCACUAAGAGAUCAAUAGAAGGGCAGCCAAAGAGCACAACACCGAAACUGAUGGAAGGGAGCUACGAGGAUGAAGAUGAAGAUGAAGAAGAAGAAGAAGACGAGCAUGGAGACACUCUCUGUGGAAUCUGUGGAGGCAACUACACACAAGAUGAGUUCUGGAUUUGCUGUGAUGUUUGCGAGCGUUGGUACCACGGAAAAUGCGUGAAGAUCACUCCCACCAAAGCAGAGAGCAUCAAGCAGUAUAAAUGCCCGCCUUGCUGUGCAAAGAAAGGAAGACAGUGAUGAUGAAAACACCUCCCACAGACUCUGGUUCUCAUGUCUUAAUGAUAUAUUAUUAGUCAACCUUUUUCUUCUCUUUUUUUUUUGUUUGUUGUUGUUUCUUUAACCUCUUUAGUUUUAAAGCAUACAGAACUCUCUCUCUC